UUACCCGCGUGGCCCCCUAUUUACCUCCUUAGAGGUGGAGUUUUGUAAAAUCCGUUCUUAGCGAAUGUCUACACCAUAUAAAGAACCUUCCUGCUAAAUUUUAGGCAUUUCAGAGAUUUCAUGAUUAUUCAGUGAGUGGUGUUUCGCAUUUAUUUAAAUAGAUUUUAUCUUGAUUAACUUAACUUUGAUAUCAUUGAAAAAUUAAAUUUCAGUAUCUCAUUGCCGAUUCAAGAUGUCUUAUUUGAUUCAGAUCAACUGCUCUUCACUCUUAACACAAGCAUUAUUAUAAUCAGCUGAGAAGGACCGAUUUAUUGGUAACUAGAUAACACCCGAUAGCAAGUGCGUUAAAAAAUCUAUGGCGAUUUCAUUUCUUGAAAGGAACUUCUAGGGAAUUAUGUCAAAUAACCAAUUUUAUAGAGUGUUAUAUGUGUGUGCAGAAGUCGACGCCUCUACCGGAAGGCGGUCCGCUACCUGUGCAGCCGAGUCCUAUGACGCUGGGCCUGCCGCGCCGCGCUCAUACGAAUAUACACGAAUUAAACAAAACACGGUGGCACUUAUGUAGCAGUAAUAGGCGCUAUUUUGCAACAGUCUACAGUCCGUGGAAAAUUUUAUUGAAUGUUAAAUAUUUGUGCAGGAGUCGACGCCUAUACUGGAAGGCGGUCCGCUACCUGUGCAGCCGAGUCCUAUGACGCUGAGCCCGCCGCGCCGCGCUCAUACGAAUAUACAUGAAUUAAACAAAACACGGUGGCACUUAUGUAGCAGUAAUAGGCGCUAUUUUGCAACAGUAUACAGUCUGUGGAUAAUUUUAUUAAAUGUUAAAUGUUUGCGCAGGAGUCGACGCCUAUUCCGGAAGGCGGUCCGCUACCUGUGCAGCCGAGUCCUAUGACGCUGGGCCCGCCGAGCUCGUCCAGCGCCCCGCCGCCCACGCCGGCCCGCCCGCCCUUCGCCAAGGAGUAUUACUUCUUGGACAUCGAGCUGCGCUACGGCUUACUUCAGAUCAUUGAAGCCCUGAACUACUUGCACUACAGUGCCAAGCAGAUCCACCGCAACGUGUGUCCGCAGGUGAUCAUCGUCUCCAAGAGGGGCACUUGGAAGUUGUUCGGACUCGAGUUUGUGGAGAACAUCAUUGGCCCGGACCCUACGGAGAUGAUGUCGGUGCCUCCCUGGUCCAUCAAGAUGUCCAAGAUGAGUCAACCACAUCUUGACUUCAUGGCACCCGAGGUUCAGGCCAACGGGCAAGCCAACAUCCUGUCGGAUAUGUUCUCUCUGGGGCUGGUGAUCUGCGCCAUCUUCAAUAAUGGCCGCUCCAUCAUCCAGGCCAACAACAACCCGCUGCUGUACAUGAAGCAGACCGAACAUCUGGAACUCAUCGUGAAUGCAGUGCUGCCUCGCGUGCCGGCCGGCCUGCAGGAGGCAGUGGGAAGGUUGCUCACGCGCGACCCGCACCCGCGCCCCACCUGCCAGCUGCUGCCCUUAAUCAAGUACUUCAAGUGUGCCAGCGAGCCCGCCAUUCAGGCCAUGCAGUUCCUGGAUGUAAUCACCAUGAAGGAUCCCAACCAGAAGAGCAACUUCUAUCGCACUACCCUCAUCGAUGCUCUGCCCUACAUCCCCAAGAAGUUGCGCUGGCAGCACGUGUGGCCAGCCCUACAGCUGGAGGUGCGCACAGCCGAGGUCCUGGCCGCUGUGCUGAUGCCCAUCAUCUGGCUCACCAACGAGGCCUCGCCCGAUGAGUUCUCCACCUACGUGCUCCCGACUCUGAACAAAAUUUUCAGGAGCUUGAUGAACUCACCGAAGAGCGUGCAAGCCACGGUGACCAUGCUUGAGAACUUGCACGUUGUGACGAAAAAGUGCCAGCCCGAUGAGGUCACUUAUGACGUCAUGCCGUUGCUCUUCACCGCGCUUGAUAAUAACACCAACCAGAUUCAGACUGCAUCCCUGAUAGCUAUGCAGAAUAUUUCUGAUUACAUCGAUGACAAGUCCUUACACGGGAUUGUGUUGGCAAAGGUGAAGAUUCUGCUCGAGAAAAACCAGAGCGAUGUCAAGAUCAUCAGCCUUAUUCUGGGCUUCUACGAGAAGAUCCUGUGCCGUCUCGAGAGGAACCACAUCCUGGAGCAAGUGAUUCCGACUCUCCUGAGCAUGCGUCUCAGUGAUCCUGAUAUAAUCACUCGCGUUGUUAAACUUUACAAGUCGAUGCUUAUGGAGAGGAAAUUCGGUUUGACAACCAAUGUUAUGGCCACCAAGAUGAUUCCAGCGCUGGCCCCUCAGACCAUCAACCCGGCACUGAGCAUUGAUCAGUUCACUAACUUGAUGGAGAUCUUGUACGAUAUGCUGGACAAUAUCGACCAUAACCAGCGCUACAAGCUGAAGCUGGACAGCUUGACGCUGCCGAGCCCGGAGCGCCACCGCCCGCUGCGCCACCAGAUGAGCACCGACAACAUGACGGUGCCGCCCUUCAACAUCCCCAACCUGCGCGUGGAGCAGCGCAAGACCUCCAGCGCCGAGGACAUGGCUCGCAAGAACUCUGUCACUGCUACCACCGCGCCCUCUACCAGCGUGGGCGGGGGAUUCAAGAGCACUGGAAUCGGCCAAUGGUUCUUCGGCUCUUCCAACUCUAACAGCAAUGAUAACAACUUCUUGCGCGUGGCGAGCGCGUUCCCCAACCGCCGCCUGUCGGACAACACUCUGAUGACGCCCAAGAUCCGCAUCGCGCCCUCCUGCGCCUCGUCCCCCGGUGGGACCCCGGGAGGUAACUCCGGCCUGCCCACGCGCCGCCACUCCAGCAUCGGGCCCCAGGAGCGCCGUGGAUCCGCGGUGAAUCUCUCGCCGCCGACUGGCUACCAGUACAGGGGACGCGGCGGCUCAGGCUCGAGCCUGUCCGUGCCGUCGGCUUCGCACAGCGUCGGCGGUUCGAUGCCGAACACUUCGUCGAGCGUGCCGUUCCUGCUGACGUCGUCGAUGCAGUCGAUCCGCUCGCGGCGCCCGUCGGCCAUGAGCAACUCGCAGGGCUCCGGGCUGCUGCAGCAGCUGAGCAGCGGCAUGGUAAGACAUCUGCCGGUGGGCUCGCAUGGCGGGUCGCACCACCACUCCCCGCACUGGAGCGCGCUCCAGGGCGCCACGGCUGCCGGGUACAGCGCGCUCCAGCACACCGUCCGCAAGUGCCCCUCGCUCAAUAUCACUCUGAUGCGCUAAACGCCCGCGCCCGCCAGCGACGCUCCGUGGACACUCUAACCGUCUCCGAUCUUCUCGCUUUUGUAACAGUUCUGCCUGCAAUGGCGAUCCCCGUCCGACCCUUGUAUGUUUAGUAGUUUAUCACUAUCGAUGUUGUAUUUAACAUUAGAUUUAUUUGCGACUAUUCUUUUAGAGAAAAGAUCUGUCAUUUUAUUCUACGGAGACUUUCUGUUAUACUUGUUUAUGGAGACUAAUUUCGCUUACGGAACAUAACCAUCAUUUCGGAAAGUAUGCCAGAUUUAUGAAAAAGGGAUUGUAGAGCUUUAAUGGGUAUUGUGGACAUAUCACUCUCAACUUCGAUCAUGGAAAAUAAAUGAUGUCCAAAUGUUCUUUAAAUUUCGAGUAACGGAAGUUAAAACAUAACAAUAAAGAAUGUUAAGUACCAAAUGGUAGUAUACAGCGAGAAGUUGUAUAGUGGUGCUGUGAUAAUGGUAUUGUAAUAUGAAUAGAUACUACGUUAAAAAUAUUAAUAAGAAAUUAACCUCUUCUGUUAUUAUAAUCAUCUAUAUUAUUAUAUAUUUAUAUAAUUAAAAUAUAAAAUAUAUAUACUUUAACUUGACAGCCUUGAGUUUCAAUGGCUUUAAAGAAGAAAAGAAGGUUAACGUGCCAACUUGUAAAAAUAUAAAAAAAAUUGAGGUCACAUCCAUAGGGUUUAUGAAGUAUACGUAAUGAAGUCAUGCAGUGAAACACUGAUGGAAUAUACUUUCUGAAUGCUGAAACAGGUAGAGAGAUGUAAGUGACAGUACAGAGAGUACCAAAUGUUCUGAUUCGUGUUUACAGCCAGGUUAUUGUAUAAGUUCAGACUUUUAGCCUCUGAUUCAUCGUUGGUAUACCUACCUACACUCAAUUUUCAUUAACAUUACAUUACAAACAUUUAGCUUGUAUUUAGUUAUAAAUAAACAGAUGUAGCUAAUUAGAUUUUUGGUUCCUUCAAGAUUAUUACAAUACACGUAUUGUUAAGUAACAUCUUAAAAUAUUUGUGAAAUAGCUGGUAUUGUCUAGCAAGGUAAUGUUCGCACUCACCAGUCCAAUUCCUCUAACUACCUUUAUCCGCGAAAAAUUUGCUGACCUAUGUCUAUGAUUGGCAUUCUCAUUAUCCUGAAAAAUAAUUUGGCAUAGGUCUUUCCUAAUCUACGAUACAGCACCCGGUCCCCACCCUCCGAUUCCAAACUUCCCCGAAAGAUAUACAACCACUGACAUAAAAUUGACGAUCCAUCAAGCCAAGAAGUACCAUAUUGAAAAUUAAUUGGCACUCGGCAAUUGUCGCUAGUUAUUGUGACGAAAAUGACCUGCCCAGUUGAACUGACUAUUUAAACUAACUCCACGUGCAAAAUGGUUUAAUACUCAACGAGUUACGUGUCUCAGCACCGACCAUCCUGCGAUGGUUGAAUUUAGUACUGACCAUGAUUGCACUAUACCUACCAAGAUAAAUGCUCCCAGCAUAGCAGCCUCUAAAAGUUAUACAGAGCGCCCAAGGAAGCAAGCAGUUCAUCAAAAUAUCCACCGGUUUCCAGGUAAACCGCAAAUAAUUUAAAACACUUUUGUCUCAAAAUCGAAUAAAGUAUUACCCCCACCUCUGACCUACCCUUAUUUUUUUUCUGUGCCUCAUGAGCCUAUCCAGGAGAUUUCAAUAACGAUAAAACCUUCAAUUGUUUUUGAAUUGUUUGCUCCUGUUCCAGUGGCCAGCUCUACUAAAUAAUUUUGACAGAGACAUUUUACAAUGUGACCAGGUAAAUGUGUAUAACUUUUUUAUUGCUACUAGGGAGCAUCAUAAUCAUUCUGUCCAGACUGCAACACCACGUUUUGACUUCAGUUUCGUUAAUUUGCAUUUCCAUUGGUCACUAAUCUUCUUGAUAUUGUUUGGAAUGGCAUGUAUUUGAGCGGUGGGUCAGGACUACACCAGUCCCGGUGAGUCCUUGGUCCCACCAUAGACCCUCAAUAGCGCAUUCGAUCGGUCGAGUUCGAGUCAAGUACCUUAGCGUAGACCUUGUCCCGUUUAUUUUACAAGUUCCGAUUUGGCAUUGUUAAAUUCGUAGUUUGCAAGAUAAUAGUUUUUUCGUAUAGAAGCAUAAAGUUCACGUAGCGUAGACCGUAGAGCUUCGUAGAGUAAAGUCCGCGUCACGAGAAACGAAAAAUUUUAGUGUCUGUCUAAUAUUAACAACUGAAAUUACACUCAAAAUACAAAUUUCUAAUUUUAACCAAACUUGAUUUAGUAUGUAAUAUUGUAAGACCAACAUGGACUUGAUUUCAGUGGUUUUGCUCCAAACUCUACGGAGCGUGUUCAAUAAUAGCAUACUUACAGAAAUCGAAACAAAAUUACCAUUUAUAAAGAAACUAGUUCACACCGCCGGGAUUUUUUCUUUUGUACUUUUUGUUAAUGUUUCAACUGAAUUAGUUUUUCAUAAAAUCAGGGAAACCAUUCGGCAGAAUGUAGCUUCUCGUGGCGCUGACUUUAGUGUAGCGGGCAGCGGGCCGGCGGCAGCAGCGACCUCCGGCCUCGCACGCGCUUGUUUUAAUCACUUUUAUUUGUGGUUGCUUGCAGUACCAGCUGUUUUCCGGGCGUACGUAAAGAGAAUUUGAUUAACGUUAGAGCGCGUAGCGUAAACGGAGCGAGUUGGCGCUAGCGACGCACCACCGGCCCGCCGGCCCGCCCGCCGGUCCCGGCAGGCCUCUGCGCCCGACGCGCGUCGACGCCAUGCGCACCUAAUAUCCUCACUUAUUACAUGAGCUUCUAUCUUUAAUACAAUUAAAUCAAAAUUAUUUAACGCAAUAUCCUCCUCAGUAGCAGUACGGUUAGUGUAUGCAUCGGCCUAAAUGCAGGAAUAGAUGCGUUAUGACAUGACAACUAAAGUAGAACUGACAAAAUGACACUGUUUUAAGAUUUGAAGUUUAUAAGAAUGCAAUGCAUGUUGACUGUGGAUACACCAAAUUUUUUUGUUUACCUACAUAUUUUCGUUUCUCAAACUCGAUCAUGCUUGAAUGACUCGAUAACUCGUAGAGCUGCUCUAUGACAGUGAAGGGUACAGAUAAAGACAGGGCUUGUCCUGUAUUAGCUUUUGGGAACCUUCGUAAUUCAACUCCAAUAGUUACUAUUUUAUUUAAUGUAUCAAUUUGAUAGAUAUUUUUCUUUGUUUCUUUAUCUAAAUAGUAUUAAUUUAGUACUAUUUCGUAGAGUUGUUAGAAAGAAACAUAUCUUUGUGUACUAAUUGUGAUUUUUGUAGUUGAACUGCACUAAUUUCUUAAAAUCAUCACAGGUCACACUGUUAUUUACAUGUACCCUUCAAAAUAAUAUUUCCGACAACAUCCUGGAAAUAUGUAAAGACCUAAAUCCGUGUUACUAUACGAUUUCAGAACAGCAACUUAGCCUUUUUACAUUAUAAUUUUCAGGCAAUUUCAGGAGAGGUGAGAUCGCGACGAACUCGUCGUUAUAUCGCCACGAUUUGUUGAUGAUUGCGGCGAUAUGUCUUGUGCACGUCGCGGUCUCAGCUCACCAAAAAUCGCCGGCCAAAUAGCUAGUGCGAAAAGGCUCUAAACUUAAAAUAGGUAUCAAGUCAUUUCAGCAAUUUCAUUCAGCACCCCUUCACGAAACUUACGUCGCUUGUCGUGCACUAAGUUUUAAAAUUCUAAGAACAAAAUGUCUCUACCUAGAGAAGGACGAUCGAUGGACACGCGAUACGAGCUGACUAUCUACCCUCAUGUUUCUCCCUAAACUGUGGUACUUUGUAGACAUCAUAAAGCUAAUACAUUAUUCAAAAUCUUGAGGGAAUCAUAACUAUGAUUGAAUUAUUUAGGUACCCGUUACAUUACACCAUAAGCGAGGUCAAAUUACCGGGCUCUGGGCCUGUUUCAUUAAUAUAAGCAACAGUCAAUGUUGCUUUUUAGAAAAUCAAGCAUUUUUUAGGUUGAACACCAGAGAAUAGAAUUGAAGUUACAUAGCAACACCAUAAUUUUUUAAGAGUUUAUGAAAACUUUCGUCCAUGACUCAGUGAUCUAUUCCUACUCUUGCGCUGACGUCAUUGCCUAUACACAUUAUGCAAUAUGGGUCAGGAACUAAAAUUAUAACUUUUAUUACCUACUUAUUUUAUAAUUUACAUUUAAAUAUAACGCUAUGAGUGGCAAAUAAACUCAUUGUGGGAACGUAACGAUUUUAUGGACUUCGACGUGCGGUGAAUGUGUCAAUCCGUACUUAAAAGAUGCCAAAUGCUAAUAAAUUGUAUAAGUAUCUAUUUUACUUAGGAUGUAAAUUAAUAGUAAUAUGAAACUAUUUGAUUUGAAUUUGAAAUUAGAUGAUACGAUAUUAUUUUAUUCAGGAACAAAGUGCCUAUUGUUUUUAAAAUAGAAUAUUUAUUACAUAGUCUUUUGGAGAAUAUUGAUUUGGAUUAUGCGACUUUUUUAAAUAUCAUAAAUCAUCGUGUGAAUGAUGAAUUUAGAUAAUAAAUGGGAUGUUGCCGUCGAAGCGGCUUUGCGAACGAAGGCACUAUAAAAUAAUUUGAAAUUAAACUCAUCGUUAGGCAAAGAAAAGUAAAUGGGCGACAUGGGCGUGGCGGGAUAUUAAACAAUACUUUGACCACGAUUUACCACAUGUCAUGCAUAUCAAAUCUUGAAAAAAAAAACUGAACCCAUUUAGACCUACCGUAGCCUAUGUGGUACGGUAUAUUUUUGAAAAUAUUUUGAAGUACCAAACUGUUGUUGAAGAAACUAGCAUGGUAUCACUCUAUACACUUAAACCUCCUCUGUGAGUGAGUAGGCACUCACCAAGGAAGUGCACAAUGUACUUAGGUAAUUCUUUAGACUGCAUGGUGCAAGGUGUUGCGAACAAUAUCACGAAUGAGCUAAUGAGUAAGUACCUGUUUUAUAACAAAUCAAAUACAGUUUACAAUCCGACUGUACGAGUAAGUCGUGAAAAAUAUACGUUUUGUUAAUAUUUGUGAAAAGUUUAUUCAAAUUUUAAAAAGAUUGUUCGUCAUUAAAAAAGUAGAAUUAUUACUUACUUAUCUCUAUAAAUUUUAUCGAAAUGUUUGAUUUUAUGUCGUUACAUAUUAUAUACAGAGCAUUUAAAGAUAUAAAAAUACGAAUUGAAAAGAAAAGAACAUAUUUUAAAAAACAUAUUUAAAAAAAUAUUUAUGAUUGUUGAACAACAGCUUCUGUAUUUUUAUAUAGCAUGGAGCACACACUCAUUGAAAUGGUAUCUACGUAUCUUUAAGGAAGUCCAGAAAGUGAGAAGUAGAGAUAAGCCAUUAGAGGUUGAGAUAAGGUGAUAGGUACUCAACGUCUAUGGAAGUAUAAAAUAUAUAUUAAGUAUUUAUAUUGAUGUUGUAAACUUGUCCUGAAGAACCUUUGCCUUUAUUGUUGCUAUUAUAAUAUCUUAUAAAAUGUACAUAUAUUUUAUAGUCUAUUAUAUGUAUCAUAAGUCAAAUUAACCUGAUUUUCUUUAAAUGAAUUACAUAUUUAUAAAAUCUAUCAACUUAUAGCACUGUAAGUGAAUGUGAUGUAGGAUAGUGGAGUGUAUGGCUGGAGAAAGAAUGCUUAAAGAUCGGAGUCGCCUAAUGACGAGGAGGUGAAAAAUAAAAUGUAACUUGCAAACUAACUAUCGUUUACAUGGAAAUCAUAACUUAAAGGCAUGUGUGUCUUCGUGAAAAAGAAAAGUAAGCUGGACAGUUUGAUAUUAUUUUGAUUUGUAACCUUGCCCACCUCACCUUAUCGCAUCGUUGCAAUCGACCACUCAAGUAUCUUGCAUUCACUCUUCUACGGGUUGUGGCGUUUGCUCAGUGUUAGGUAACUGAUAUUAUUGUGUGUGCCCUAAAACUUAUAUUCAAAUUUACCUUUUAAAAUGUUUACUCGAUGUGAUUCUAAGGUAUACCUAUACUAAACCUUCCUACUGUAACUUAUCUAGAUUAAAAUAUAUUAGCAUUUUAUCAAAUAUUGUGCUAUCUUGUGAUCUCUCUGUGAAAUUAGAACUUCUCUAACUUGACUUCAUAAUAUAGAUAAGAUAAUAUGAUAUUCGACAAUACUUUUAUAGGCUCUUUCUAAUUCCUUACCGCUUAAUAUGUAUGAAAUUCUUCACAAAAAGACUUUUAGGCUAUUGUGGUUGAGCUUACAAUCGGGUUGACUAUAGAUAUUUACUGUUUUUAAUCAUUCUACCCCUGUUAAAUAUUGGAAAUGUUGCCUUACAUUUAAUUUGUACUGAAUUAAAGUACCUAUGUCGACUCAAUACAUUCGGAACAACAGACUUCGGUCAUUCAUUUACUUACUAUUAUUUGAAAGUUCUAACAUAUCAUUCUAAGAUCUUCUACUCUCACUGUAUCCCUACAUUUCCUAUAAAAUUUUCGAUUUAAUGGAUGUAAACAUAUUAAUAUAGUAGUAGAAGAACGAUCCACUCAUAAAAUUGAAAAAUAUAUUAUAAAAUACAAAGUUAUUCUGCAUGUGAAUGUUAAUGUCAAGUGAAUAUUAAUCCACUCUUAAUUGCAUAGAUUUUAAAAAUACUUAUUCAACAAUAUCAUAUUAUAUGUAAUGUUAACACACAGUUUAUGUAACUUAAUGAUUGUAAUCACAUAUUUAACAACUUGAGAUAAUUACAUAUUUCAGUAGAAUGGAUGUUAUAGUUAAU